AUGCCGUCCCUCGCCGACCUCGAAAACUUCAUCGAGAACAACCUCCCCCGCGAGCUACAGGACUUGCCUCACCAAGUGUCCGUCUCGGUGCAAGAAUACUACCAGAUCCUGUACGAGCAGCUCAACAAGUAUGGUCCGCCCAUGCCCUGUUUGUCGUCGCUUCCUACUCUGGACAGCUUUGCCGAAAAGGUGACCGAGCUCGUCUCGCCCGUUCCCGCACCGCCGCUAUACGUACCGCCGCCGCCUCCUCCGACCAAUCUGCAGCUCAUGCAAGCUUGGACGCACAGGCAUCGCACUGCUAUCGGUGUGACUGGCAGUCUGCUCCUCGUCGGACUGGGAACCAGCUAUGCUUAUCAAGCCGGCUAUAUCUCGCUGCCCUACCUCGGCAAGAAGCAAUUUGUCGGUCGAGGGCGCACACGUCAGGUCCGGCUCAAGAACGGUAUUCGCAGAGAGGCCGUCAUCGUCCUCGGAGCCGACACGCCGCUGGGUCGGUCUCUCGCUCUCCACUUCUCCGGCCAAGGCUUCGUGGUGCUCGCAUCGGUAUCAUCCUCGGCCGCUCUGGCCCAAUUCGAGAAUCUCAUCCCUCCAAGCUCUCGAGGCUACGUCAAGGCGCUCAUCUUCGACGUCGAUGACCCAUCGAGCUCCUUGCAACCCUUUGUGAGGGCGCUUUCGGCUGCUCUCAGUCUGCGCUACCCCCUCACCAGUGCUGGAGACCCCUAUGCACGACCAGGCGAGAAUAUCAGUAUUGCUGGUGUGGUGAAUGCGCUCAGCUUCGUUGCUCCCGAAGACGAUGCGAGCCUCUCCCGCAGCAUGUCCGUCUCGGCUUCGGUGUCGUCGCUGGGCGUGCCUAUCACGAAGCUGGCACCGUCGCCCUCGUCCGAGCUUCUCGAACGCCACGUCGUGGCCAGUCUCUGCGCUCUCGGUGCUCUGAUCCCGAUGCUCAGGGCGCUGCCCAAUCGCGCCGAGGACACGGCCGAGAUGGAGCCGGCCACCGUGGUCACGCUUAUCUCCAGCCCUGCUUCCCGUACAGCCUUGCCCCGUCAGGCCAUGUACUCGGUCAUCGCGCAGAGCGUCGCUGCUGGCGUGCAAUCGCUUCGACGCGAGUGCGAGGAGGAUUCGCUGUACUCCAAGACGGCUGGCAACAGCAAGCUCUCUUUCGGAUCCCCCAGCUCGACCUCACGUCGAGCCUCCACUUCGCGCUCCACGCUCAAGCAGCGAGAUGUGCGCAUCACGAUGGUCGAGGUCAACUCUGGUUCUGUCCUGGGCGAGUCUGGCACCGCAACCACUGCCAACGAGACGACCACCAGUUCUCCAUCGCAGUCGCCCUCGCGACCCACCUUUGGUCGCUCGCCCUCGUCCUCCCAGGGCUCCUUGUGGCACCACCGAUCGCCUACCUCCGCGCCCGUACUCAACAAGGUCUCUUCCCUUCUGCUGAGCACGAAACGCCGUCUGCCGCCCAGCCACACCGUGAGCACGUAUCCGCUUUCCUCAUACUGGCUCACAUUCAGCCAGGUGCUGCUCACCAUCGUUCCUACGAGCUUUGUCGAUUUCGCCCUGGCUUUGCGUCGCCAGCUGUCGUUGCGCAGGGCGGGCCUGAUAGGUCGCGCUGAGCACGCCUACCUGCCGUGGAACUGGGGCCGGCCAUCGGACGCUCGUGGACCCACAGGAGGGCAGCGGCCUGCGGUGGGACCUGGACCGGGACCCGCGUCUGCUACCCACUCGCGCGCAUCGAUCAAACGCCCCAGCCCACUGGGAUAUGAGAUCCGCGAGGAGGACGCUGCCAGUCUGCCAGAGAGCGAGCGGUCAUCCGGUGCAUCCGGCAUUCCAUCUAGCGUCCCCAGCUCGGCAUACGGGGACAACGACGAGGUCGUCGAAGAGGAAAGUGGACGAUCCACCACCCACUCGCCCUACUUUGGUGGGAGAGCCAUGCACGCCAGUCAGGAUCUGAGCGCGUCUACGCCGAGCCUGGAGACUGGUCGAGCGACAGCUAUGCCGCGCGACCCGUGGAUGGGGACGAGUGGCGCGAGCAGUGGCGGCGAGUCCCCCGCGGUAGGAGGAAGUGCGUAUGGGAGCGAGAACGAGGAGGGCUUGGGGACCAGUUGGGUUGCUCUUGGGGAGAGUGCGAGGCGUGAGGAGGGGCAGUGA